AUGGCAAAAAGCGACCUGGAUCAAGCUUUCAGUGAAUUCGCUACUGGGUCUUUUCUUCCUCCUGCCGCCACUGGCGCUGCUUUGCAUCACCGUCGCCAUCUUACACAAAGGUUGCCGUUUGUUGGAAAUCUCCUCCAGAUGACGAUGGAGAGGCCACACCGCAAGCUUACAACCUGGAGUAACGAGUAUGGGCCGAUUUACACCAUCAUGACAGGCCAGAAAUACCAAGUCAUUGUCAGCUCGCCUGAGCUUGCAAGAGAGGUGGUAAACAGCAUCUUUCAUGGCAAAGCUAUAACUCGCUGGUGGCAGGCUCUUGUCGCCAAGUAUUCCUCCAUCUCCAACAGGGAUUUGGGAUCAAACAUUACCAUUCUUACCAGGAACAGGAAGAUCGUGGCAAUGAGUGACUAUGACGAGCGGUACAGGAUGCUCAAGAGAAUGAUGGUGAACAACUUGCUCGGACAAACUUCGCAGGUUACUUUGCUCGUUUCAUUGCCUUUGACCUCAUCUCGAUCUUUCAGAAAUCUUUUCGUGGUCACCGCGAGAAGUACUUGUACAUUGCACUCGACGGCCUGUUUGAUGAGCUCCGGAGGCUUCCCGGCUCUACAGGUUUUCGGCCGAGAUAUCGAGCGGGUUAGCGUUCCAAAGCUUGGAAUGGAGGUGACGAGAUGGGAGAUUUACCGCACUCUUGUGCAGGACUUGAUGAAAGCGUCCGUCCAGAUCGACUGGAGAGACUUUUUUCCGAGCCUCAAGUGGAUUCCCAACCGGAAGUUUGAGGACGGGAUCUACAGGGUGGAGCGCAAGAGGUCUGCGCAGCAGCGAGACAAGUGCUACUGUGAUGUUCUUCUGGACAAUGAAUCGCACUAUAGUAAGGACGAGCUGUUGCUGGCUGCGUGGGAGCCGAUCAUCGAGAGCUCCGACACGACACUGGUGACGUCCGAGUGGGCUCUCUACGAGCUGGAGAAGCUCUACGACGAGAUCAAACGCGCCGUGGGAGACGAGCGUAUGGUGAGCGAAGAUGACCUUCCAAAUCUUCCCUUCCUCAACACUGUCAUCAAAGAGACACUGAGAAAAUACAGCCCCGCUCCAAUUCUCCCCCCGAGAUACAUACUCGAGCUGGGUGGCUACACCAUUCCGGCUGGCUACCAGGUGAGUGAAAGCUGA